UAUAUAUAUCGUUUCCAGUCAUCUCUCAUAUACACCAACUUCUCAAAAAAUGCAUCUUCUCCGUCUUACUUCACUUCCCCUUGCACUUGCACUGUCCAUUGUCAUGAUCUUCUCCAUUUCAUCAUCUCCUCCACAUCCCUACAUCCACAAGACGCAGCGUUUUACCUCCCAAACCCCAUCCCGACUCGUCCGCACAGCGUGUGAACGCACGCGCUUCAAGGAUCUAUGCUUCUCCCCUCUUUCCUCUCUCCCGCCGGGUAAUUCCUCCUCCGUACCGGAACUCAUCGCCGCAACCGUCAACGAGACCAUCUCCGAGGUGAUGAUCUCGUCUUCGAACUGCUCCGGCCUCCAGCGCCGCCUCGGUCCUGACCUCAGCCCCCGUGACAGCCGUGCCCUCGAGGACUGCCUCGAGCUUCUCGGCGACACCGCCGGCGACCUCGACGAUGCCCUCGCCGACCUUCACUCUCCUUCGGCGGCGCGUGAGUUCUACGACCUACAGACGCUCCUCAGCGCCGCCAUGACGAACCAGUACACGUGCCUCGACGGUUUCGCCUUCAACGAGAGGAACAGGAAGUACAGGGUCCGAGAUAGCAUAAAGGACAGCCUCUUCAACAUCUCCCGCCACGUCAGCAACUCUUUGGCCAUGCUUCAGGAGAUUCCGGCGAAGCCAGGGGUGUUCCCAGAGUAUGGGAGGGUUGAGAACGGUGGUUUCCCGACAUGGGUUUCGAGGAGUGACCGGAGGUUGCUUCAGGCUCCGGCGAACGAUACCAAGUUGUUCGAUCUAGUCGUUGCUAAAGACGGUACCGGAAACUUCACCACCGUUAGCGCCGCCGUGGCCGCCGCCCCCAACUCAAGCACCACAAGAUUUGUGAUAUACAUAAAGGAGGGGGCGUAUUUUGAGAAUGUGGAAGUAGGGAGGAAGAAGACUAUGUUAAUGUUAGUGGGAGAUGGAAUUGGGAAGACAGUUGUAAAGGCUAACCGCAAUGUCGUCGAUGGCUGGACUACUUUUCGCUCCGCCACCGUCGCUGUGGUAGGAAAUGGAUUCAUAGCCAAAGGCAUAACGUUCGAGAACUUUGCCGGUCCGACCAAACACCAGGCGGUGGCUCUCCGCAGCGGCUCCGACCACUCCGCCUUUUACCUCUGUAGCUUUGUCGGCUACCAAGACACUCUCUACGUCCAUUCGUUCCGCCAAUUCUUCCGAGAGUGCGACAUUUACGGAACGGUCGAUUUCAUAUUCGGUAACGCAGCAGUCGUGUUCCAAAACUGCAAUCUCUACGCCCGAAAACCGAACCCUAACCAGAAAAACAUAUACACCGCCCAGGGCCGUGAGGACCCGAAAGUCGUUAGCGUGAGGGCCGCCGACUUGAUCCCGGCGAAAGCCGCCGUGAAGACGUACCUUGGACGGCCGUGGAAGGCUUAUUCUAGGACGGUGUUCAUAAAAUCGUAUAUCGAUGACGCGGUGGACCCGGCCGGGUGGUUGGAGUGGAAUGGCGAUUUUGCCCUCGACACUCUGUAUUACGGAGAGUACAUGAACCGGGGUCCCGGUUCGAACACGACGAACCGGGUGAAAUGGGCCGGUUAUCGGGUCAUCAAUAGCUCGACAGAGGCAAGCAAAUUCACCGUCGGUCCAUUCGUCCAGGGGGACGCGUGGCUUAAUUCCACCAAGAUCCCAUUCUCCCUUGGCUUGGGCUAAUGUUGUAAUAUGUAGAAUCAAUUGCCUUAAAAAUAUAUAUGGAAAUUGCUUUUGUUGCCUAAAAAACGAA